GGGGAAGAGUGAUUGCGUAGCCUUAAGGCGGCGGCGGUGGACGUACGGCUCCAGUUCCUGUCCUGCCGCAGACUGUGGCUGGGAACGCGGGUAUAGCUGCUGGGCCGCCGCUGCCAACAGCUCCAAGGAUGCUUUCCUACUUGAAGUCGCUGCCGACCCACAUGGACUAUAAGGGACAACAGUUGGCGGAACAAACUUUUCAACGAGUAAUUAUUGCAUCUGCUAUUAUUGGCUUCAUUUAUGGUUACAUAAUUGAACAGUUUGGAUGGACUGUUUACAUAGUUCUGGCUGGCUUUGCCAUUUCAUGCUUGCUAACACUCCCUCCAUGGCCUAUGUAUCGUAAUAACCCAUUGAAUUGGCAGCCAGCAGUGGAGCCUGAGGAGAAGAAAGCAACCGAGUCUGUCAAGAAGCCUAAGAAGCAUAAAUAAUAUUACAUUGAAGCACAUUGUUAGCUUUUAUUGCUAAAUAAAGUUUGUUGAAUCAAAA